CUCUCUCUCUAUAUAUAUAUACAUACACGCCCCCGUUCACCUUCCUCCAUAACCAAAACCUCGUACAAACAAACAAAACCUAGUACCAACAAAAAAAGGUAAAUCAUUUGAUCUGCAAAACAUGUCAACGGACGCCGCUACAGAAGAUGGAAGUACAGCGGCGGCGGCGCUUUCUUUGGACAAGCGCCCGCGGCGGUACGACUCCUUCGACAUUGAGUCCAACCGCAGCCACAAAAGAGGCGGCGCCGCCGCGGACGGAGGAGGAGGGUGGGGGGUUCUGGUGCAGCUGGCGUUUCAGAGCAUCGGAGUGGUGUACGGGGACCUCGGAACCUCGCCGCUGUACGUGUUUGCUGGCAUAUUCAGCGACGGAAUCAAACACGAGGAUGAUAUUCUCGGAGUUUUGUCGCUAAUUCUGUACACGCUUACCUUAAUACCUGUCGUCAAGUACGUCUUCAUCGUCUUGCGUGCAAAUGACAACGGCGACGGUAAUAUAUAA